AUGCCUUCGACAAGCAUGAUGUCACCGUUUGACCGGUUGCGCGAGCUGGAGAAAAAGCGCUCUCACAAGGAACACAAAGGCCAGGUGCCCGUCAUGGAUGCCGAGACGCUGCGAGAGUUGUGUCUCGACAAUGACGGGUACGAAACACCAGAGCUCAACGAUAGUUUGUACGCGCAUUUUCGUGGGUUCCAGCGCAUCGAAGGUCUAGAAGCGUAUUACAAUCUCAAGGCUCUCUGGCUCGAAUCCAAUGGUCUCACUAGAAUCGAGAACUUGGAGCAUCUCGUCAAUCUGCGGUGUCUCUAUCUGAGCAAAAACCUCAUCGAAAAGGUCGAGAACCUGCACGCUUUGUGCGAACUCAACACGCUGGACCUGAGCGAAAACCGCAUCCAGUCGCUUGAAGGACUAGCUCGUUUACCUAACCUGCUGUCACUAAACGCGACCCGCAACCGCCUGACAACAAGCGCAGACUUACUAGAGCUCUCUCAAUGUCCGCUGCUGAACAACAUCGAUAUCAGCCACAACCUAAUCGAGGACCCAGAUAUAUUGAACGUGCUCAAAGCGGUGCCAAUGCUCAAGGCGCUACGAAUCACAGGCAACCCAGUGGUCUCCAGCACGCGCUCGUUUCGAAAGACGUACAUUGCAGCUCUACCUCAACUGUCGUUCCUGGACCGACCUAUUUUCCCUAUUGAGCGUGCUUCAGUAACAGCAUGGCAAUCUGGUGGCGUUGAAGCGGAGCGCGAAGCCAAGCGAUCAUUUAAUUUCGGGACUGGCAAGAGCAAGUUCGUGAGCGAAGGAUCAAGGAGUUGGAGCUGGAGCGUGCGCAGAAGCUGCUCGAAACGGUCGAACCAAAAGAGAUUGAUGUAG